UCUCUCUCUCUCUCUCUCCUUCCUGAUCAUUCUCCACUCGCGCUCCGUUUCUCGCCGGCGAUUGUCUCAAAUCAAUCGCCGCCGACUUCGCCUCGCCGUUCAAUUCAAACUCUUGCUGGCGCGUGCGGUCAUCUCCUGAACCCGAGGAUCUCACAGUUGAGGUUCUGCGGGGUAAUGUGCCUCGGAAUUCGAGGCUCUGCCGUUGCUGCUCGGUGGGCUCCGAAUUCGGAACGCUGCGGCGGGUUUGGAUCUGGAAUUGGUUUGGGAAGGGGAAAUUGAAUUGACGGGUUAGGGUUUGGCGAGGGGUGCAUUUAUGAAGGAGGUGCUGUUGGGUGGGGGAGAUAAGAUUGAGAGGAAGAAAGCGAGGGUGGUUUGGGAAGGGUUGAUGAUGAUGGGUCUCAAAGGGGAGAGUAACAGCAAGCUGAGGAAUUCGAUGGUGGUGUCAUCGUCGUCGUCGAGGUCGUCGAGGAUGAAGCUGUGGAUGAUACGUGCGACCACAUCGGUGUUGCUAUGGACCUGCGUCGUUCAGUUAACGGCGUUGGGUGACGUGUGGGGGCCUAGAGUCUUGAAAGGGUGGCCUUCGUGUUUCACUUACGAAUCUGCGCUCACUGAGUUGCCGUCUUCUACCCCUGUAGUGCUCCCACCCAAGAGGGUGUAUAAGAACAAUGGUUACUUGAUGGUGUCGUGCAAUGGAGGACUGAACCAAAUGAGAGCAGCGAUAUGUGACAUGGUGGCUAUUGCAAGGUAUUUAAACGUGACACUUAUAGUGCCGGAAUUGGAUAAAACGUCCUUUUGGGCUGACCCCAGUGAGUUCCAAGACAUCUUUGAUGUGGAUCAUUUCAUUACAUCCUUGAGGGAUGAGGUUCGGAUAUUGAAAGAGUUGCCUCCUAGACUGAAGACGAGAGUGGAGAAGGGAUUACUUUACACCAUGCCACCGAUUAGUUGGUCUGAUAUAUCAUACUAUAAGAACCAGAUUCUGCCUUUGAUACAAAAGUACAAAGUCGUCCAUUUAAAUCGAACUGAUGCUCGGCUGGCCAAUAACGAACAACCUUUGGAGAUUCAGAGGCUGCGAUGCAGAGUCAAUUUUAGUGCUCUUAGAUUUACUUCUCAGAUUGAGGACUUAGGCAAAAGGGUGAUCAAGCUUCUGANGNAAAAAGGCCCAUUUNUGGUGCUUCAUCUCAGGUAUGAAAUGGACAUGUUGGCAUUUUCAGGCUGUACACAAGGUUGCAACAGUGAUGAGGUGGAAGAGUUGACAAGGAUGAGAUAUGCUUAUCCUUGGUGGAAAGAAAAAAUAAUUAAUUCUGAUUUGAAGAGAAAGGAUGGUCUGUGUCCUUUAACACCUGAGGAGACUGCUCUUACACUUAGGGCCCUUGACAUCGAUAGAAACAUUCAGAUCUACAUUGCAGCUGGGGAAAUAUACGGUGGAAACAGGAGAAUGGCAAGUCUUGCGGAGAACUAUCCAAGACUGGUCAGAAAGGAAACACUGUUGGAACCAUCGGACCUUCAGUUCUUCCAAAAUCAUUCCUCUCAGAUGGCAGCAUUGGAUUACCUUGUCUCACUUGAGAGUGAUAUUUUUGUUCCUACAUAUGAUGGAAAUAUGGCCAAAGUAGUUGAGGGACAUCGGAGAUAUCUUGGAUUCAAGAAGACGAUUUUGUUGAACAGAAAGCUCCUAGUUGAUUUGAUAGAUCAGUACCAUAAUGGAGAAUUGAACUGGGAGGAAUUCUCUUCAGCUGUGAAGGAAGCUCAUGCUGAUCGCAUGGGCAGUGCAACUAAAAGAUGGGUAAUCCCUGACAGGCCCAAAGAAGAGGACUAUUUCUACGCCAAUCCAGAGGAAUGUUUAGAACUAUCAGAUGAUAUUAAGAUAGGUCUCCAUGAAGUUUAGCAAAGAUGAUGACAGUUUUUUUGUACCGAAGAGGCAGUCCCGGUGACUGUUUGAAGGGGGAGGGGAUAGGCUUAUCAUGAAAGCUCGAGAAGGUAAGCAAGGUAGCCGAGGGAUACUUUAUAUAUAUAAGUUGCAAAUAAUCCAUCACAUUCAUGUAUAGAAGCCACACCCUGCAAUUACAGGGUGAGAGCAGAUCAAACUGCAUUGUACACGGAGGGAUUCAUAUACAAAUUUGGAUUCAGGAACUGCAGUUCGUGGAAGCUUUUAUUCCUUGGUACCAAAAUUUUUCCUUCUCUUCUAGAUAUAAAUAUAGUACAAUUACAAAUAUUUUUUCCUUUACCACCCUUCUUUUUAUUUAACACGAUCACUGUCAGUUUUCGAAUUAAUCUCGCUGUAUAAUUUGUUUGUUCAUGAUUAUUCUGUCCUAAUUUCUUAGCUUUUGGUCAUUAUUAACAAGGGAGAGUGGUAGGUUGGACAUUUCUUUCGUGUGAUUCAUAUUUAUUUAUAUUUGACAGAGUUGUUAUCUUACCAAUCGCAAUCAUGUAUCCAUAAUUCAUAUCUAUAAUUCAUGAUAUGAUAAUAUGAUGAUAUUAUUUCAA